CUCUCUCUCUCUCUCUCUCUCUCUCUCUCUCUCUCUCCCUCUCUUCUCCGUCGCUUCUAGCCUUCAGCCGCUCUCGUCCUUCGCAAUGGCUCAGGAACGUGCUCCUCUUCGCCUUGGCUCUACUGCCCCCGACUUCACUGCUGAGACCUCCAACGGACCCAUUACCUUCCACGAGUUCAUUGGCAACAGCUGGACCAUCCUGUUCUCUCACCCUGAUGACUUCACCCCCAUUUGCACCACUGAGCUCGGUGCUUUCGCUAAGCUCGAGCCUGAGUUCGCUGCUCGCGGCGUGAAGCUCAUUGGCCUGAGCGCCAACAAUGUCGAAUCCCACCACGCUUGGAUCAAGGACAUCGACGAGGUAACCGGAUCCAAGCUCACUUUCCCCAUCAUCUCCGACCCGGAGCGCAAGGUCGCCCACCUGUACGACAUGGUUGACUACCAGGAUACCACCAACGUCGACUCCAAGGGCAUCGCUCUCACCAUCCGCUCCGUCUUCAUCAUCGACCCCAACAAGAAGAUCCGUCUCAUCCUGACCUACCCCGCCUCCACCGGCCGUAACACCGCCGAGGUCCUCCGUGUCAUCGACGCCCUCCAGACCACCGACAAGCACGCCGUCACUACCCCCAUCAACUGGCUCCCAGGUGAUGACGUCGUUAUCCCUCCUCCUAUUUCCACCGAGGAUGCCCAGAAGAGGUUCGGUGACGUUCGCGUUGUCAAGCCGUGAGUUUUCCCGCUUUCCUUAGCGGUAUUCAAUACUGAUUGUUUCUGAAUAGUUACCUCCGCUUCACGAACCUCA